ACUAUAUUACGGGUCAAAUAGAUGAUACAUGAACUGAUAUUCGUCAAUAAUAGAUUUGGAUUCUUGCUGAUAUAAUUGCGCUAGCUUUUGGCUUUCCGUAGCCGAGAUCGACUUGAAUCAAAACUUAUUACUUAUAUUUUUUACCACAUCAUGACAGGAAAGAGCCUUUAAAAUUUCGUGGAAACAAUAAUCAUAAUUGAUUGCAAAUUUAAAGUACUUUCGAUAUCACGAGUGGAUGUGCAGCCAAUCUUUUCACGUUGGUUUUGGGGGUAUAUAUAUACAUGUUCUAUCUAACAGGAACUGGGAAGUUUAGUUAAGAUUGCAGUCAGCAUAUAGAGAGUAUUUAUUACCGGAGGCAUCGUUUAAAGUUUAGUUUAAUAUUUUCAUCAUCGGGACAUGAACAUUGUUCAGGAUAACCAUGGACAUCACGAAGCAAAUUUGUCUCUGGUUCUCUUUUCUGCUUUAUUUUGGAAGUUGCAAUUCUAUAAACUUCUGUGAAUACUGCGAAUGUGAUUCAACCGAAAUCUUUUGCGAUUAUGCAAACUUUAAUGAAGCCUUAAAUCAUUCUGUUCCAAGUGCAGUCUCCAGUAGAGCGAAAUACCUUAAUAUCGGCCCAUCGGACGACAGGGUGAUAUUGGCGAAUGAUACACUGAACGUCUUUCCUGCCUUACACUCUCUGAGGAUUCAUACAUGUCCAGUCGCCUUCGUAGGUCGGUUUGUAUUUCAAAAACUUAACCAUUUAUCAGAUAUUUCUUUGGAAAUGAAUGGUCUUCAUGAAAUUCCAGGAAGAGCUCUUUCCCAGUUAAAAGCUUCCCUGCAGGAGCUCACUCUUGCAGGGCAACAUUUUCGGACUAUUCCUUCAGAUGCAUUUGGAGAAUUGAGUAACCUCCGAGCAUUGACCAUUACCUAUAACACAAACCACCUGUAUAUAUCACCAGAUGCAUUCACUGGCCUUGUAAACCUAACAGGUCUUUACUUAUCUGCUUGUAAAAUUGGACACAUCCAUAACACAACGUUUUGGGGGUUGACUAAACUGCAAGAAUUGGAUCUUAGUUACAAUCUGUUAGAAGAAAUACCGCCCGCGAUACUCUCACUAAAUUCUCUCUUAAAGUUGGACCUCUCUUACAGUACUCACUUAGUCAAUCCGAUGGAUCUAAUUAUCUUGAAAAAUGCGACCAGACUGCAGGUACUCCAAUUGGGAUACUGUGCCAUCUCUGAAAUAUCACCAACUGCUGUUGCUAAACUUAAAGGAACACCAAGUCUAACUGUCGCGAAUUUUGAUGGGAAUCCGUUUAACUGUACCAUAGAUCUUUGUUCCUUUGCAAGUUGGUAUGUAAGUCUCCCAGGGCCCGCUAUUACUACUAGAGGACCCGAUUUUAUCCCCUUUAUCACAGUAAGUCCUCCUCCGGGAAAGGGUCCAUAUCAGUGUGAAAGCAAUGGACAGUCUCUACAGGAGUUCUUCGGUGAAACAUGUAUACCCGAUCCCGGGCCGUCCACUCUUCCUCCCAACGAAAUGCAGUUGCAUCUCGUGAUACUUUCCGUCGCUCUUAUUAUAGUCUUGUUCGUCGUCAUCCUUGUAUCAUUUGUUGUAUGGAAAUUCAGGUUGAUAAACAUUCAUCAUCGCCGCCUAGGAAAUGCCUUCCAGCGCCAGGCCAAUUACGGAGCAGUUGAAGAUGUUGACCGUGAAUAUGUCUUUGAUGCCUACGUCAGCCACCACGAAGAUGAUAAACCAUUCGUCGAAGAUGAAAUGCUCCCUCGCCUCGAAGACGAAAGCGGCUUUGAUCUCUGUGUCUCCUUCCGAAAUUUCCGUUUGGGUUCCCAUCUCCUGGAUAACGUGUCUUCAGCCCAAGAUGUCAGUCGGGCCAUCAUAUUCAUCAUCAACGAACGCUUCAUGCAGAACGGGCAAUGCAAGCUGGAGUUGGAGAUGGCUUCCACGCGGAUGCUGGAAGACGAAGUGGGUCCUGGAGGGCAGCGUAUCAUCCUCAUCAUGAUGGAAGUCCUUGCCCCCGAGUUGGUGAAUAACACUUUGCGGAUGCUUCUGAACCAUGUUGCGUACCUUGAGUGGGAUCCUGUGGCAGAGGACAGGUGCUGGGGACAGCUCAUUGCGACCCUUCAUGCCUUAGUGCCGGAUAGAAACGAGGAGAACGGUGGGAGUGUCGACCAAGGCAGUGAUGAUGAAAUUGAAGUGGUCGAAAACGAACAUGAUGGAAAUCAAAUUGUGUGAUAUUGCAUGGACCUACUACAUAGGUCCAUGAUGACAAGAAUUCAAUACCCUGGUGAUAAAAUAUUUAUAAAUGAAUACAAGUGACCUUUGUGUACAUUUUGUUGGCUCGUUUUCGUUUGAUUUUAUUGGUAUAUAUGAACAUACACAAUGUGUUCUUUUAUUCUGUGAAAACUCCGUUUCACAUUUUUAGGUACUUUAUUUAAGUCUAUCACCCGGGCUGUCAGUGUAUAUUGUGUAAAGUUUUAAGCAAGUAGAUUAAAAAGUUUAAACAAUUUUUUUUUCAGUUUAAUCAACUAUAGUUAUUGGAAUGAUGGACCUAAAAUCGUGCUAUUUUUAUGCGUAUUCUAUCAGGGCACUUCCCUGAUUCUCUCAAUACAGUGGGGUUUUUUCAAUGUAAAUAAAUUUGUUACAUUAUUACAUCCCUGAAGAUGGAGAUUUAAGAUGGAGUUAAAUACAAUCGUAAUCAUAUUCUUUAUUUUCUUUGCUUUAAAUUGUUUUAAACCAGCUUUCAAACUCCUUUUAAUGCUUGUAAGUUGUAAUAAUAUUUCGUACUCAAUGACAAUCCCUAUUUUCAGAAUUUAAUUCCAACCACUGUUUAAGGACAUCAACAUACUUUGAAUAUGUCAAUUUAUUGUUCUGUUUCAAAUCAUUAUAAUGUUACUGGGCGAGUUAGAAGGCACACCAGAAAAUAACCAUCUAAUUUGAACUACUGUUAAAUAAAUAUUUUUUCAGUUUGGGCUCAUUUUCUUUAUUGAGGAUUUGAUUGUUGCGUGUUGGGGUAAUUUUGUUGCUAUAACCCAUUGAAACUUUCCUGCUCUUAAGUCAGGGAAAGAAAUCAAAUAAAAUGUAGAUGGGAAAUCAUAAUGGUGAUAAUUUUCUUCACCGUUACUGUAAACUGAAAGUGAAAAGUACUUAGAAAUAUGGAUGUUUAUUCUUCCCCUCAUUAUCUAUAGACUACACAAAUAAAUUAGCAUUGGAAAUUGACAACUUUGCCAAGUCUCGGUUUUUAUAAAAUUUUGAAUCUAUAUUAUUAGAUGAAUGAUCUGAUGAUGAUUGUAGCUUUAAGACUCAAUGAUAAUAAUCAGGGAUAUAUGAAGGUAGAUAAUUUCUGAUUAAACUAAUGACGUGAUGCUCUCUAUUUAUUCGUAAUACUCUCAGAAUUUGUUUUAAUGAAUCCAAAGUUGGUUAAGAUAUAAAACGAUAUACUGUUUUUUUCAAUCAUUCCAAUUUAUUUGCACUGUA